CGUCUUCGACUGCCUGUCUGUAUAAAUUCAGUGUGUGGUGAACCCAUCCAGGGGGUCACACACCUCACUGGGAGCAGUGGGACACAUAUUGUGAGGAUCUGACCAUGGACACAAAGCUAACUAGUUUGGAAAUAUGGGGAACAAAAGAGGUGGCAUCGGGAAGGGUGGCUGCUCCGGUUUGUUCAUCUAAGACUGCCCCCGUCAUCGAAGUGCCAUCCCCUGACUGCUCCCAAAAAGCUGCCAAGACAGCAGCAAGUACCCAAAUGGUAGCAAAGACUAAUAUUCCUUGUGAUGAAAAAAAUAAUAUCCAUGGAGAGUGCAAGGACUAUGUAAAAAAGGCUAAGGUUAAGAUCAGCUCAGCACUUCCAAGCCGACCAACAAGCACAGUGGUUGCCAUAGAUGCAGCCAAGGAAAAUACUUGUUUUUGUGGUGCUGUAGCCAAAAAGCAGGAAAGGACAAUUGAAGAGCCCUCCAUAGCCCGAAGAAGCUGUGCCAUUUUGCCUUUCAUAGAGACUCAAAAGCUUUUCUGUCCUCCGCAGAAUGUGGCCACAAUUGGGGUUGUGGAAGCUACUGUUACUGUUUCAGCUUCUGUGUCUGAUCCCUCACAAAAGAAAGAGGAGCACAACUAUUCACUUUUUAUCUCAGAGGUGCUUACCGAAUCGGCCAUCAAGACAGAUGGCCAGCAGGAAGAAGAGGAGGAGGAAGAAGAAGAAGACAAUGAAGAUGACAAACAUGAUAUCAGUGAUACCUUCUCAGAGCCAGGUUAUGAAAAUGAUUCUGUUGAAGAUUUGAAAGGAAUAACUGCCGUGUCAUCAAGGAAAAGAGGAAAGCAAAGGUAUUUCUGGGAAUAUAGUGAGCAAUUAAUGCCUUCUCAACAGGAAGGGAUGCUGAGACCAUCUGAAUGGGACAGAGACACGCUUCCCAGUAAUAUGUACCAGAAGAAUGGUCUGCAUCACGGCAAGUACACUGUGAAGAAAUCUCGCAGGACAGAUGUGGAAGACCUGACUCCAAAUCCAAGAAAACUUCUGCAGAUUGGUGGUGAACUGCGUAAACUGAAUAAAGUAAUCAGUGACCUAACACCCGUAUCGGAGCUUCCUGUCACUGCCAGGCCGCGAUCUCGUAAGGAGAAAAACAAGCUGGCUUCCAGAGCUUGCCGUCAAAAAAAGACAGCCCAGUAUGAAGCCAAUAAAGUGAAGCUGUGGGGCCUGAAUACUGAAUAUGAUAAUUUGCUGUUUGUGAUCAAUUUAAUAAAACAAGAGUUAAUGACACGAAUACAAAUCCCAUGGGUGAAAUGGGCUUUGGAUUCUCUCCGGUAAUACCUCGUGGGUAGACAGUUUGAACUGGUGACGGAUCAUGCCC